AUGAAAAACGUCUUUGGUAAAGAAUUAAUAGGUUUUGAAUGUAUAACGGUGUCGAGGGACUUGAUAUACUCCAGGAGUAUACGUAGCGUUAAUAAGGGUACUAUGGGCCGUAGCCAGCGCGCCGCUCUCAUGUCGGCUCGCCGGCUACCACUGACGCGGGCAAAGCGGCACAGCUACGCACAGCUAGGUGCUCACAAGCGCCGGCGGGCUGCGAGAGGGCUCACGGCCCACGGGGCGCAUUAUGCAAUACCGGCGACCUGCCCCACGUCUAGCCACGGAGCGCGUCGCACUAACCCGACUCGCUACGCCGACCGACCUAGAUGCACUUUUACAGCGAGAAUGCAAUCGACACACAUAUUCGCGUCUCGUUCCGAUAAACGCAUCGACGAUGAAAGCGGCUCGUGA